UAAGUGACAUAUAUAUACUAUAUGAGUUGCUGUCAAAAAUUGUCACUCCUAGUUUUUAAAUGAAUUUUAGAACAUUUAGAAUCAAAUUUCAUACAACUCAAUUUUUAAUAUUAACCCUAAUUUCCUUUUCCUGUUUUCCUGGAUGUAGGAGAACCUCUUAAUGAGGAUUCAUUUCCAUAUUGCAGAUGAAUCUAAGGAAGAUAUCUGCACUGCCCCACAUUGUAUUUCACAUCAGAAAUUUGCAAUGACCUUGUUUGAACAGUGUGUCUGUACCAGUUGUGGUGCUACUUCUGACCCAUUGCCCUUCAUCCAGAUGGUGCAUUAUAUCUCAACUACUUCACUCUGCAAUCAGGCCAUUUGCAUGCUGGAAAGACGAGACAAACCGACGCCUGAUAUGUUUGGAGAGCUGCUACAAAAUGCCAGCACAAUGGGAGACAUGAGAAACUGUCCGAGCAAUUGUGGAGAAAAAAUUCAGAUACGCCGAGUGUUGAUGAACUCUCCACAGAUCAUCACCAUUGGACUGGUCUGGGAUUCGGAUCACUCAGAUUUGGCGGAGGAUGUCAUUCAUAGCCUGGGCACUUGCCUUAAACUGGGUGAUCUGUUCUUCAGAGUAACUGACGACAAAGCAAAACAAUGUGAAUUGUAUUUGGUUGGAAUGAUCUGCUACUAUGGAAAACAUUACUCCACCUUUUUCUUUCAAACAAAGAUUCGUAUGUGGAUGUAUUUUGAUGAUGCCCAUGUUAAAGAGAUAGGCCCUAAAUGGAAAGAUGUUGUUACUAAGUGCAUUAAGGGUCAUUACCAACCCUUGCUACUCCUUUAUGCAGACCCAAGAGGAACUCCAGUAUCAAGCCAGAAUCUAUCCACACAGGAUUUGCCACAGUAUAACAGAACUUAUUAUGAUAGUGAAGAUUCAGGACGUGAACCUUCUAUCUCAAGUGACACUAGAACAGAUUCUUCUACAGACAGCUAUCUGCAUAAACAUUCACACCAUGAAUCUAUGGUCAGCCACUUUUCUUCUGAUUCUCAAGGAACUAUUAUUUAUAAUGUGGAAAAUGAUGUGGUUUCGCAAAGCAGCAGGGACACAGGUCACCUGACUGAUAGUGAAUGUAAUCAGAGACAUACUACCAAAAAGAGUUCUCUGGCAGACCGUAAGAGAAAUAACAACAGGUCUAGAAAGAAGGGGGAUGAAGCACAGCCAUCUGGAUAUCACAGUGAAGGAGAGACACUGAAGGAGAAACAGGUACCCAGAACUGCCUCUAAAAUGUUGAAUGGUACCAGCAAACUAAGGGAAUUUAAAGAGACAGUUAGCAACAUGAUCCACAGCAGGCCUUCGCAGACACAUCAAGGUUCCCCUCAUGGGAAGAAUCAGGCUGAAAUCCAGUCACUACCCAGAACUUUGACCAUUCACUCUCAAGACUGGGAAAUAGAGAGCAACAGUAGCGAAUCAAAGUCAAGUUCUUCUUGCAAGUACCGACCACCUUGGAGACCCAAACGAGAGCCGCUAAAUAUAGACAGCAUCUUCAGUAAAGAAAAGAGAAAACAAAGUGGCUAUACCCAACUCAGCCCCUUCGCAGAAGAUGCAGCCAAAGAAUUUAUAGAAGAUGAGCUGAAGGAGCCAGCAUGUGAAACAAAAUCAAGGCGGUCCAACAGGUAUAAACAAUGGACUUUAGGGCGUGGUGCACAUCACAGAAUGGAUCAGCAUCCUCGUCUGAUCCAAAGGAUGGAAUCUGGUUAUGAAAGCAGUGAUCGCAAUAGCAACAGUCCAGUCAGUCUGGAUAUGCCUUUGUCAGAUAGCUCAAAUACCUCUAGGGAUAUCAAACGAACUGGAGAUUUUAUUCCUGCCUGGCAUAAUAUUCCAAAAUCACAUAGCAGUAGCAUCUUGGAAGUAGAGAGUGCCUCGUCCACAACCUGCAGGAGAAAAAAUAAAUACUCUUUUGGUAAUGGUGGGGAGAUAUUUGUUUCUUCCAAGAGUGAACUAGAUGAAUUACAAGAAGAUGUAGCAAGAAAGGCCCAGGAGCAAGUCUUCCAGAGGAAGCAGGAAAAGGAACUAGAGGCAGCCUUGGGCUUUAAUCCCCACCCAAGCAGAUUCAUGGAUCUGGAUGAACUGCAAACUCAAGGGAGGACUGGUGGCUUUGAGAGGCCUAUACAAGAGGCAGAUUCAGUCUUCCAAGAGUCACUGCAUCAAGAGCAGAAGGGAGAUUGUGCGGCAGCUUUGGCUCUCUGCAAUGAAGCUAUAUCUAAACUAAGACUUGCCAUGCAUGAUGUCAGCUCUAGCACUCAGAGCAGAGCUCUAAUCGAUAAGAAGCUGCAAAUCUAUGUCCGAAAAGAGCGGAGCCUUCAGGAUCGCAUGCAGCAACAGCAACCUGUACAACCGCCACCCACCUGCCACCCACCAUCGGGCGGCAACAUGACCCAAACUACAAGUAAACAGACUAUCCCACUCCAAGUACUGCUGAAACAGAAGAGAGGGCUGGAACCUAGCAAAGAAGCGGCACCUGGGCCAAGAUCCUACAUCCACCCACUUGCUUCCCAUCCUGAAAAGAAAUCAUAUUCCAAACCCAUAUUUCAACCUCUUCUUGAAAACAGGCUGAACUUUCAAGCUGCAUCUGUUACUUUCAGUGACCAAGCUACUACUUUUUCUUAUAGACAACCUGGUAGUGACCAGUCCAUUCAGACUAAGACUGAAAUUGAUGGUGAUGUGAAACUUGCUUCUCCUAGCACUUUAAAAGAUUAUGAAGAUCACAACAGUAAUAUUAAGGUCAAGAACCUACAUAAUACAGGAUCCCCUCUCACCUCCAACUGCAAAAUGAAUUUAACUAUAACGAACUCUGAAUCAUUACCUACACUCUUCCCCUCUUCACCACCACUGGAAAGUCCACCUGACAAAAAAGGCCAAUCUAGUCAGCUUUUCAGUUCAGGAAGCAUUUCAGAAUGGCCUAGUGCUGCUCCACCUGGGGACUACCAUGGUGCAAUACUGCCUUCUCUUCCCCCUCUGCCUCAUUAUGCUCCAGAAGAAUUAAAGAUGACUGGGCAACUUGGGGGUUUACAUCAUCCACAAGAACUUGUCAGUGGGGAUUCUUUGAAAUCUGAAAGUGUAAGUAGCAAAAGGCCUGUUCUUUCUAUUGCGGAACAGUUUCAAUGGUUGGAGGGAAAUUUCCAAAGGCUAGAUACGUAUGAGGAAAAAAGGAAGGCAGCUACCUGUCAUGAUCAAAAUACUCCGAAGUUACAGCAGGAAUCCUACAGUAGUCAUUUUUACCUCAAGCUGUCAGAUGUUGGAAGACAGGAGAAUGGAAUUGCACCUGCUGAAACGUUGGACACAAGUCCAAAAACAAAAUAUACCAAUUACAGAAAUCCUGCUGGCUCGAUUUCAUCUGUGGCUAUAGAGAGCUGCACAGAUCAUGUUAACAAUUUUAGCACAGCAGUAACUCAGCAUAAGAAUGCCAGUUGUCUUUUAAUACCUGGAAACAAAUCACCUGUGAUCGGUCAAAGAGCUUUUGAGGACUACCCAGUGCAGAAUCAGGAAACAGUACAGGAGGUUUCUGAGCUGGAGUCUCUGUACCAGGCCAGCAUGCAAGUUCCUCUGUUGAGAAAUCUGGACAAUUCCAAGCUGGCACUGAACAAAACAGCAAACUUGCCUACAAAAAAGAUGUAUAGGGGUCUGUCAAGAACAGCAGAACCUGAAAACAACAUCUGUGGAAAUAUGAGUUCUCCAGAUCCUAAGAUACAUGUGCCAUGUACUGGCCAGGAGCCAGAAGAGGAAACGUACAGUGCAGAGAACUUCCGUCGCAUUGCACGCAGUCUCAGUGGGACAGCCAUCACAAGCAGAGAAGAGAAACUUGCUUCUUCUCAGAAUUUUGAAGCGUCCAGUGAGAGGAACCUAUCAGUAGAAGCCAGGUCCUAUUCUUCCAGCACUACUUCUCUUUCCUUCCCUCCCAAUUUGCCUCCUGUGCUCCCCUUCUACCCUCAACUCUCUUCACCUGAGCUGCAGCACUUCUCCCAUGAUGCUCCAGUGAUUAGUAUGGUAGGCAAGAUGCAAAGACAAUCAGGAAAUCAGAAUAAUAUCCCAAAGUGUCUAACUGUGCCAGACAGGAAUGCAGCUUUCCACACAGAAGACAAAUCAUGCAUGCCACUGAAUUAUGGGAACCCCAUUACCAACCAGGACCACUCCUCACAAAGGCAAACGUCUUUGAAUACAUUUUUAGACAGUGGAACAUCAAAUGCUUCCAACCACUGGCUACAGAGAAGUCAUGCUGGCCAAGAGCUAGCUGCAGCAUCAGACAGUGAAGCAGCACGUGGGGAAUCUCCCCUCCAGAUGAGCGAGGACUCACAAGAGUCUCUGCCCCAAUGGCCGUUGGCUCUUGGGGCUCUAGGCUGGCGGCAAUCUCCUGGCAGGAGUUAUGGGACAGUCUCACAUGGGGCUUCAAGGCACAAAGGCUUUCAGAGCUGCUUUCUGAUUUCCCAGCAAGCCAAGGUCCGAGGCCCAAAGCGUGUCGAUAUGCCCCCGGAUGAAGACUGGCGACAGCACACCUUUACUCCACAGCCGGCCAUAAGAAGCUUCUUUGUCCACUCUGGAAAUGCCCUGUAAAAUCCUGGGUCGUGCAGCAGUUGCGUCCAUGCACAGCUAUGACUACUGAGAUGGCACCCUUCUGUUGGGCUAUUAGUUUUGAAAGGGGCUCUUGUCUGAACUGAAGAUACUGAAAUGCAAUUGAUAAUAAGGUAGUGAGAUUUUUUUUUUCAACUAGUUGUUGCCAGUUUUGUCUUUAAAAUAGUUAUGAUUGCCGAAAACUAACUGCACUUUAUUUCUUUGUAUGUAUUGCUGUUUUAUAACAACCUUUUCAGCAAUUCCAUUCCUAACCUUUUGCUAUAAGAAAUGCUCAGUUGCAGUAGAACAAAGGGCGAGAUUUGCAUUUGGAUUAAAAUUAAAUCCUCUUGGUGUUUUCUAUAGGCUGUAUUUGGUGAAUUUAUGUAUCAUGUUAAGUAGCACUAGAAAGCCUAUGUGCCAAUUUUCAAUUCAGUGUUAUGUUCUUCUGCUCCUAUAUUAUAUGCUGGGGGGAAGAUUUCAGACCUUUCUAAGAAUUGGCCAUGUUCAUAAUGUAAUAAGAUACAGGCACAGAUGACUCCUAUAGGGGCUAGGGUGGGAGUGGUAAGAAGUUAUGGCACCAGCCCAUUUCUCAUUUUUUUCAAAGUAGACUACUAGGAUUUGAAGUAGCACGUUUAAUAAACACAGAAUCACUGUAACUAUUUUAGGGUCUGACAUACUUGCCUUUGUAAGUUUUUCAAAGAAAUAAAUGAAAUAGUUAUGUUUAUUGAAUGAUUAUUAAUUGCUUUCUUAUUUUCAGAAAUGUGUUUCCCAAAUUGGAGUAGUUCUUUCAUUGCUCAUUUUUUUCUCUUUGUGGUAUUAAAUAUUUUAUGGGUUGACUUUUAUGUUAUUUUGUGAAUCUAGCUAAAGUAAGGCAAUUUAUGUGUUUUAUAAGAUUAUGAUUUACAGUAGAUUGUGAAUGAUGCAGUCAAUUUAAAGGCCCUGUUAAAGAAGUUAGUGUCCUCAUCCUGUUUUUCAUUCUUUUUAAGAUUGUCUUUGCUUAACUGAAAGGAACAUAGAGUACAAUUGUAGGUGUGUCAGGAAAGCAACAGCUCAAAAUGACAGACAGGUCAUAGCAGAGAGCUCUGACACAACGUGAUCCACUG